GUAUAAAAAAAUUACAAGUGGACAUAAAACAAAAUGAGAUACAGUAUUUGUGUUUCCAUUGGAAUAUUAGCUUGACAAAAACUCAAACGAGCAACACAAAACAAACAGCUAAAAAACCUGUUUUGAAAAAUCCAGUGACCAAAACAUGUAAAUGGUUUUACUGUGGCCUAUUGUUUUUUCACCUUUCCCAAUUAUAAAUAUCCACUGCCUCAACUGAGUAAACAACCAAAAUUUGUGUUCUAUAAAAAGUUUUCAUAUUUAGUGAUCACUAAAAAAAAAUCAAGAAGAUGUCGACUACUGUAGGCCAAGUCAUUCGUUGCAAAGCUGCUGUGGCAUGGGAAGCUGGUAAGCCAUUAGUGAUGGAGGAAGUAGAUGUUGCUCCUCCACAGAAAAUGGAAGUUCGUCUUAAGAUCCUCUAUACUUCACUCUGUCAUACUGAUGUAUACUUCUGGGAAGCUAAGGGUCAAAAUCCAGUCUUUCCUCGAAUUCUUGGACAUGAAGCAGCAGGGAUUGUGGAGAGUGUUGGAGAGGGAGUAACAGACCUUGCACCAGGAGACCAUGUUCUUCCUGUCUUUACAGGGGAAUGUAAAGAUUGUGCUCACUGUAAAUCUGAAGAAAGCAAUAUGUGUAGCCUCUUAAGGAUUAACACUGACAGGGGAGUGAUGCUUAAUGAUGGAAAAUCAAGAUUUUCCAUCAAUGGAAACCCCAUUUACCAUUUUGUUGGGACCUCUACUUUUAGUGAGUACACCGUGGUUCAUGUUGGAUGUGUUGCAAAAAUUAACCCUCUUGCUCCUCUUGACAAAGUAUGUGUCCUUAGUUGUGGAAUUUCGACAGGCCUUGGAGCAAGUUUGAAUGUUGCUAAACCAACAAAAGGCUCAAGUGUGGCUAUAUUUGGACUAGGAGCUGUAGGCCUCGCGGCUGCAGAAGGAGCCAGAAUUGCUGGUGCCUCGAGGAUAAUUGGUGUUGAUUUAAAUGCUAGUAGAUUUGAGCAAGCUAAGAAAUUUGGUGUGACAGAGUUUGUGAACCCAAAGGACUAUAGUAAACCAGUUCAAGAGGUAAUUGCUGAGAUGACUGAUGGCGGAGUCGAUAGGAGUGUGGAAUGUACUGGUCACAUUGAUGCUAUGAUUUCAGCAUUUGAAUGUGUCCAUGAUGGCUGGGGAGUGGCGGUUCUUGUUGGUGUACCCCAUAAAGAAGCUGUGUUCAAGACACAUCCUCUGAACUUUUUGAAUGAACGGACUCUCAAAGGAACCUUCUUUGGAAACUACAAACCUCGUUCGGAUAUUCCUUGUGUUGUUGAGAAAUACAUGAACAAAGAACUUGAAUUGGAGAAAUUCAUCACUCAUACACUUCCAUUUGCUGAAAUCAAUAAGGCUUUCGAUUUAAUGCUGAAGGGAGAAGGCCUUCGUUGCAUCAUCACCAUGGCGGACUAAACUUUCUGUCCUAGAAAAGGAGCUUCUACUGUUUGAGAAAAAAGACCAAUAAAUUGUCACUGUCUUAUUUUCCCUUUCGUGUUUGGUUGAGUUGUAACAUUCCAUCCAUGUCUCUUCUUUUGUCUUUUGCUUAGAUGUUGUGCUUUGCCAUAUCUCUUUCGAUUCUUGUAAAAAAUGCAAAUUCUCUCUGUUUUAUCUCAAGUAUAUUUACAGAAUUUCAGUGAUUUGAUAAAUCUAAACUUUAUCAUAAUAUA